AAAAUCCAGUGGCUAUCAGCUUUUCUCACGAUCCACCAUUUGUUCCUCAAUUAUUCUCUCUCUCUCUCUCUCUCUCUCUCUCUCCUCUUCUUUCCCUUUCACUUUCCAUUUCUAAAUCAAAGAGUGGUCAGCCCCCCCUCUGGCCUCUGUUUCUUCCUCAUCGCUUUCAAUUAAUUUUUUUUUUUAAUAUUUACAUUUUUAUUAAAUUCAAAUCCCAGUAGCCCGAAAUUAAUUAAUACUAAUUUUCUAAAGAAUAUUACAUAAAUGUUAUCCUCGGGUACACACCCAUGCAGGCCUUAUUUAUUAUAAAUAUCUCUAGAAUGCAACUUGCUUCUGCCUCACUUUCCUGGUAGCUACUCAGUGUCUUGAAACUUUGCAGACUUGACCAAACCUUUUUUUUUUUUUUUUUUUUUCCUUUACCCUUUGGUUAAAUUUGUCAUUUUGACAUCUUACAGACAAGUAAUAAAUGGAAACCAAAGUCUUGUCUUCUGGAGUCCGGUUCUCAAAUUUGCCGGAGAGUUAUAUCAGACCAGAAUCUGAACGACCUCGACUUUCUGAAGUCUCUGAUUGCGAAAAUGUCCCUGUUAUCGACUUGGGUUCUGAUGACAGAGCCCAAAUUGUCAAGCAAGUUGGUGAUGCCUGCAAGUUUUAUGGCUUCUUUCAGGUUAUAAAUCAUGGGGUAUCUAAUGAAGCAGCGGAGAAAAUGUUAGGAGUGGCAAGUGAGUUUUUCAAUCUUCCCUUGGAGGAGAAGUUGAAGUUUUACUCAGAUGACCCGUCUAAGACGAUGAGACUCUCCACAAGUUUCAACGUCAAAAAAGAGACGGUGCAUAAUUGGAGGGAUUAUCUAAGACUCCAUUGUUAUCCUCUCGACAAGUAUGUGCUUGAGUGGCCCUCCAUUCCUCCUUCAUUCAAGGAAAUUGUAAAGAGCUAUUGUACGGAUGUUCGAGAACUUGGGUUCAGGUUACAGGAACUAAUAGCAGAGAGCUUGGGGCUGGAGAAAGACUACAUUACAAGUGUGUUGGGUGAACAAGGGCAACACAUGGCGGUGAACUAUUACCCGCCAUGUCCGGAACCGGAGCUGACCUACGGAUUGCCGGGGCACACGGAUCCCAAUGCCCUCACCAUCCUGCUCCAAGACCUCCAAGUUUCUGGCCUUCAGGUCCGUAAGGAUGGCAAAUGGGUUGCUGUCAAACCCCAUCCUAAUGCUUUUGUGAUUAAUAUUGGCGACCAAUUACAGGCACUGAGUAAUGGGAUUUACAAGAGUGUGUGGCACCGGGCCAUUGUGAAUGCUGACAAGCCAAGGCUAUCAGUGGCUUCAUUCCUCUGCCCGUUUGACGAUGCGCUGAUAAGCCCGCCGAAAGCGCUUACCGGCGAAGACGGGUCUGGGGCCGUUUACAGGGGAUAUACUUAUGCAGAGUAUUACAAGAAGUUCUGGAGCAUGAACUUGGACGAAGAACAUUGUUUGGAAUUUUUCAAGACCCAAUAGAACUAGCUAGCUAAGGCCUAGUCCUGUAUCCUUGUGGCAGUACUUCCAUUCUUAUAUGACUGUCUAUUUUCUUUAAUAUCUCUCUCUAUAUUUAGGGUAAGUUCUAGAGGAAGCUAAUUUAAUUGUUCUUCCUUGUGUUCUGAUGAUGUUAGGGCUGUGUAUCAUCUUCUGUCAAACUGUUUUAAUCAGUAACAAUUGUCUAAUUUUGUAGUCGAAAUAAAUUGGAACCCUUCUCAUUUGGUUUUUA